CCGUGAUAGGAAUUUGUUCAUGGUGCCGAAACCCGGGAUGGACUUUGGACUCGUGAGUUAAUGCAAAAGACUUAGAAUAUUUAUUCAUUAGUGACAACUGGACUUGUAAAAUUUUAUAGUAAUUAGUAUGGACUUAGAAUAAUUUCAACCAAUCUUGGACUUAGAAUAAUUUCAACAAAUCUUGAACUAAUUAAAAAAAAAAAAGUGUUGUAAAUUAAAAUAAUUAAAACAUUAGUGAUUUGAAAUAAUAGACUUUACGUAAUUUUAAAUUGAAAUAAUGGCUUUUAACAUAAUAAAAAAUCAAGAGGAUUUACAUUCAAGGCUACAAAAGGCGCAUUCAAAUUAUAAGAAAAGUCCAAGAGUGAGAAUAACAAAAGCAUAUGUCCAAACACGUAUAAAUACUUUAGAUGGGUUACUGAAGGAAUUUAUGGAUAAUCAUAAGCAGUUGAUACAAAUAGUUGUUCCAGAACAAAUAAAGUCGUUUCCGUAUUUUGAAGAAGACAUUUGUGAUUCGUUUCAAGAAAUAUAUACUGAAUAUAUGACAGAUUUAAAAGAAAAGUUAGAACAGUUUGAGAGUUCAACAUGUAGGGAAAAUCAAGCAAAGGCUCAUUCUGUAGAUGUUAUAAAAUUACCACGGAUACAACUACCCUCAUUUUCUGGAAAAUAUAGUGAAUGGCAGACAUUUUAUGAUUUGUUCUGUUCUGUUAUUCAUAAUAAUGAAAAGUUAUCGCCUGCGCAGAAAUUGCAUUAUUUAAAAAGUAGUAUAGUAGGAGAACCCUUAAACUUAAUAGGAAAUUAUUCGACCACAGAUCUCAACUAUGAAGAAGCGUGGAAUCAAUUAGUAAAAAGAUAUAACAACAAAAGAUAUAAUAGUAAUGCAAUCCUAAAGACUUUAUUUUCACAGAAAACAAUAAGUGAAUCAUCAUCAGCAAUUAAACAAUUAUUAGAUACAACAACUUCUUGUUUAAAGGCUUUGGAUAAUAUGGGCAUAUCUACGGCUUCUUGGGAUUCUAUUGUAAUUUAUUUGACAGUCUCGAAAAUAGACUUAGAAACACAUAAACAGUGGGAAAAUCACAUAAAUAAUUUGUCAGAUGAUUUGCCAACAUGGUCGCAAUUUGUUGAGUUUCUUGAGGGAAGAUUUAGGAGUCUAGAGAUGGUUGAGACUGGAAAACAAUUACCUAAACCUAGUUUUCAAGUGAAAAAACAUGUUCCUAAAACGUUUCACGCGGCAGUUCAAGAGAAUAUUAAAAAAACGGAAUUUAGUUGUCCUUUAUGCGGAGAAAAUCAUUAUAUUAAUUUAUGUAAGCAAUUUAGACUUCGUACUGUUCAACAAAGAAGAGAUUUUGCUCUGUCGAAAGGACUUUGUUACAAUUGCUUACAAACGACUCACGUAGUAAAUAAAUGUCGACAAUCGACAUGUUGUAAGAAAUGUGGCAGAAGACAUAAUACUUUGCUGCAUAUUGAGAGGGAAGGAAGUGACACACACAUUAAUAAUGUAUUGGAGGAAGUUCAAAACGGAGAAGAGAAUCCGGUGCCAAGUACAUCGAUUGUAGCAAAUUUUGCAAAACAUCAAGGGCACAAUCGACCAGUGCUUCUGGCAACAGCUGUCGUCAAGGCGCAGUCCAGGAGUGGAAAUAGAAGUAUAUUGCGGGUGUUGUUAGAUCAAGGCUCGCAAGCUUCGUUUAUCACAGAAGCGGCUGCUCAAUUAUUAAAUUUAAAAAAAAUAUCUGUUAAUAAUAAUGUUUCAGGUCUGGGAGAUGGUCAAAUGCAUGUAAAAUAUUUAGUUAUAUUGUAUUUAGAAUCUCGCCAUAAUCCAGAAUGUUUAAUUCGAGUUAAUGCUUACGUGUUACGGUCACUCACUGAUAUGCUGCCUUGUGACAGAAUUGAUUUACCUGAUUGGAAGGAACUUUCUACGUUAGAAUUAGCUGAUCCAGGUUAUACUGUACCAGGUAAAAUAGAUUUAUUGGUAGGAGCUGAGGUAUACUCAGAUAUAUUGUUAGAUGGCCUAAUAAAACAACCCAAAGGAAAACUUAUCGCACAAAAUACGGCCUUUGGUUGGGUUUUAUCGGGAAAAAUGUCUGAUACUUAUUCCACAGCUAACAUUACGAGUUUACAUUUGCAAGUCAAACAGGAAGAUGGUUAUCUAAAACGUUUUUGGGAGAUAGAGGCUGAACCUGAUAGGAUUCAGAAGAGACUUUCUGUGGAAGAGCAAAUGUGUGAAAACCUUUAUGAGGCUACGACUACUAGAAAUGAGAAUGGAAGGUUCAUUGCUACAUUACCAUUUAAAAAUAAGGAUCCAGAAUGUCAGUAUGGACAAUCUAUGGAUAUUGCAAUGAAAAGAUUGGUGUCGUUAGAAAGAAGAUUAUCUAAUAAUUUUUGGUUACGUGAAGAGUAUACAAAAGUGAUUGAAGAAUAUUUGACACUUGGCUACAUGUCUCGAGUUGCAGAAGAUGAUGUGGAUAACAGUACUGCAGUGUAUCUUCCUCACCAUGCAGUGGUGAGAGAUGAUAAGGAAACCACUAAAGUGCGAGGGGUUUUCAGUGCAUCUAGUAAGGCGGAUUUUAUGGAGGCCACAUCCAGACAUGCCUGUGGAACAUUAUAAGUUACUUACGCUAACUUUUGGAACAGCUUGUGCUCCGUACCUAGCUGUUAAGUCUUUACAACGAUUGGCAGAUGAAGAGAAGAGGAAGUUUCCAGUGGCAGCGUCUAUUACAAAUACUGAUUUUUACGUUGAUGAUUUGAUGUCAGGAACUGAGACUAUUGAUGAAGCUAAAGAAGUAUACGGUGAAAUUAAUGCUUUAAUGACAUCUGGUGGCUUUCAAUUAUUGCAAAAAUGGACAAGCAAUAGUAAGGAGGUGAGAGUUCCCAGAUGGUUAGGUUACACGCGCAGAAGUCGAGUUGAAUUAUAUGCAUUUUCAGAUGCAUCUUGUUCAGUUUACUCAGCCGCAAUAUACAUUCGUGUAAUCAGUUCAGAUGAUAAAAUAGAAGUUCGAUUAGUAUCCGCGAAAACAAAGGUAGCUCCAAUUGAGAAGAAAGUUUCUAUUCCUCGACUAGAACUAUGCGGUGCUGUACUAGCAUCAAAAUUAAUUAACGAAAUAUCUCAAAUUAUAAAAAUACCUAAAGAUGAUCUGUAUGGAUGGACGGAUUCAACAAUAGUUUUGGCGUGGCUUAAAGGUG